ACUGGAAAUAUUAGAUUACUUGCUGUCCAGGGAAGGCAUAGAAGUGGAUGCCAGGUGCUCUGAAGGCAGAACGCCUCUUUUCGUAGCGACCGCGUUGGGUCAUAUCCAAUCGGUGGAGAAACUAAUUCGAGCCGGGUGCGAUGUUAAUCUCUCCGACUACGAAAGUUGUUCCCCUUUGCACAUGUCGGCGUGCUGUUCGGACAUCUGCCACCUCCUUAUACGACACGGUGCUCGAGUCGAUGCCGUUAACAGAUAUAAUAAAACGUUGCUACACAAACUGAUGGACCACGGAUCCCUGGAAAUAGUUCACAUGCUGCUGUAUUACAAUGCCGAUGUCAACGUUCCUGACCAUGACGGCGUUACCCCUUUCAUGGAAGCCUUCCGGCAUCGUAAUGUUAGUGCCCUGGAGGCGUUGCUGGAGUACGUGGACGACUUCGACAGGGCCGCCUAUGAUUCCCUUUGGUCGUUUGGUUCGUCGACUCUGAAAUUUGCAUUUGAAUCUAUGUCGAUGGAGAUUGAGGAAAUAGAGCGCGGCAUAGAGGAAGACAUCUUAGAGGAAGACAUCUUAGAGGAAGACAUCUUUGAGGAAGACAUCUUAGAGGAACACAUCUGGCAGAUGUACGGUCCUCGUCGUCCUGUGGGCUUGUCUUUUAAAUCGGUAUGGGAAAGACUCCGUGACAGCGUCACCACGAAUACGAUUGAUUUGCUCGACUAUAUCUGGGAGGUGCCGAAGUUUCUCCAAGUUAUAAUCGAAGGUGAUAAUUUCGAACCUGCCUUGACAUUUUUCUCCAAAGGGGAAAAUUAUUUGUUGUUCGUCGAUAAAUUCGCAGAGAAAGAAUUCGAACUUGAGCAGCUGACGUGUCUUACGUGCCGUUUGCUGCAAUGUGGGUUUCGCCCCACUAACUACGACUUGCAUGCCAUUUUCUCUCGCUACGGGUACUGCGAGUUGUUCAGAAUACUGUUGUAUAUGGACAACGACUUUACUUGUCAUUGGCAGCGUGGGAUGGCCGUUUCUAGAUUUAUACUUGACGUAGACUAUAAUUUAGAGAAUGCUGUCGAAGAAGUAAAUGAUAUUUCUAAGAAAAAUGUUAUGAAAUUGUUAGAGUAUUCUAUUUGUCCUCGGUUAAUGGACGCUCUAACAAUCAAUUAUAGCGAUGACGUACAAAUGAACGCAAUUUUAAGCAAAUUGCCGAGAGUGCCUUUGUUGCUGGAAUUGGCUCGGAACGCUGCCAGGAAGUACAUCUGGCACAAGCUUAAAUUCACCAACGCCUGUCAGUUUUACACCACAAUCGACCACUUGGAUAUGCCGACUUUGUAUAAGAACAUUUUAACGUUUAAGAGAAAGAUAUACGAGGUCGAACAGUGAAGUGCACUUCCAAUGAAAAAUUUUAUUUUGUAUGUUAUUCGUUUCUUAUUGUUGCAAAUAUUUUUAUAUUGAAUUGUUGUAUAAAUAUGUAGCUUCUAGUUUUUUUCUGAUCGAGAUGAUUCCAAAUUCCUUGUUGAGCCAGUUACACAUCCGGGAUGUGGUAUACGGGGUGAUUAACAAUUUACCUAAAAACCUUCUGGAUAAUGCUCCAUUAAGAAUAUACAGGCUGUCUCCUAAAAAACGCCGCAAGCCAUAACUCCGUUAUUUAUAGUCUGAUCUGAAAAGACAAAAAAUUCAAUGAAAUGGCUCUAAAUACACUAUAAUGCGAGCCUAUUAGAGCUCGUUUACUAUUUUUUUUUUUUGAAAAGUCAUGUCAACUUUUUUUUCAAACGGCAACAUAGUUUUUUUGUUAUUUGUUAUUGUGCAAUUUUAUUUUCUGAAUCCAACAAUGUAUAUGAACUUUUGUAAAGCAUUUAUUACACAAAAGACGACAAAAUAUUAGUCGAUACAGCAUUCAUCGCCCGGCCACUGAUUCAUGACAAAUUUAUUUUAACUAAUCAUCUGUGCCAUGGAAAACAAAAAAAUAAUACAGCAAAGCGAAUAAAACUCUAAAGGGAAUUUUGUAGUUCACAGAAAAGAAACGAUACAAUGAAUAUCAAUUAAAAGAAAAACAAUUUAAUUAAAUACAUUAACGUUUCACGAAUCAUGUCAUUGAUUAUUAAACUCAUAUUUUGCAUUGUUGAGCUUAUGUAUUUCAAUAAAUAACAUACUGUAAAUGACACAGAAAAGGUAUAAUGCGUAAAAAACUGGGACACAAAUGCUAAAAUGACAUUUACUUGCUUUGUUGUAUUAUUUUUUGUUUUCCAGGCAUACAUGAUUAGUCAAAAUAAUAUGUUUAUUGUCAAUUAAUUAUGCGACCGGGCGCUAAUAAUGUGGUAUUGACUAAUAUUUUCUGUAAUACGUGUUUCACAAAAGUAGACUUUAUAUACCUACCUACAUCGUUAAAUUCAGAAUAGAAUUAUGCACAAUAAUAAAUAAAAAAUGUUUUAA